GUCUCUGCUUGUGGCCGGCCGCUGGUAGUAGUUAGUUAGUUGUGUGAGUCAGUCCGUCGGUGGGUGCCAGAGUCGGCUCCUCCUCGGGGCUCGGCGGCAGCUGAGCUGAACCGUGACGAACGAAGCCCUCAGCCCUGCCCGUUUCUGGGGCCCCUCGGAGGGGAGAAGAGAAGGAAAGAUUCUCAUUAGAAAGGUUGCUAGCUGCUGCAGGAGCCCUGUCUAUUUAAACAUUCCUGGUGAUGAAGCAGAACCCAGUGAAAGGGAACUAUCCAGUCUGAGCCUGAAAAGUGAGAGUCUACUUGGUACUAUGGAUUCCUGAGACAAGCUAUUGCCAAGGGGAGAAGUUGCCACCUUGUGACAAAAUGCACAAAAAUGUGAUUUGCAAGUCUCAUUUCACAUGCAGAGAAGAUGUGGAGCAAAGAAGGGAGAUGCAGAAGCAGUAGAAGUAAGAGUCAAAUUAGAAUUGCCAGAAAACAUUACUGUCUGAUCUGUAGUUGCAAGAAAAAAGGGGUGAAAAGAAAAAGGAAAUCAGUCUUGGAGAAAUUGGAAGUGCUUUGAAUUUGCAAAGGGAUUUAGUGCCAGCUGCUACAGAAGGUUUUACAAAGCCACCUUUGGCACCGAAAUGGAUGAAAUGCUUCAGACCUAAAUGAAAGAUCACUAUUUGAAAGCAUAGCCAGAAUAAAUGAGCAGAGUGAAAACGAAUGGAUGAAGUUCUUACCAUGCACUGAACAGUGGAACAUCAGGUGCAAAGCUCUGGGAAAAUGUCUGCUUGCAACACCUUCACUGAACACGUCUGGAAACCUGGUGAAUGUAAAAACUGCUUCAAACCCAAAAGCUUGCACCAACUGCCCCCAGCCUCUGAAAAGACUUCCCUCUCGCAUGGUAAUCUGAAAACCAAUGCAAACCACAGUAACAACCACCGUGGUAGAAGUACAGGAAAUUUCCGACCCCCUGUAGCGAAGAAACCCACUAUAGCUGUGAAACCCACCAUGAUGGUGGUAGAUGGGCAGAGUGUCAGUGGUGAGAUCAGCACAACCGAUCAUUGUGAGAACAAGCCAGUAAUUAUAGGGUGGAACCGAAACAAGACUGUCUUAAACAAAAAGCCACUGAACAAUAAUAAUGAAGAUGAAAUUGAAGGUUAUAGCCAUGUUCAUAGGCCUUAUGGCAACAAUGAUAGUGCAGGUAAGAUACCAAAUAACAAUAAUAAUGGACUGACAGAAGUGUUGAAGGAAAUUGCGGGUUUGGAUACCACACCUCAGCAAACAGGAAAUGAAAUGAACUCAAGGGACACGUUCUUGGGAAGAAUAAAUAAUUGCUAUAAAAGAUCAUUAGAAAGACAGAUCCCUCCAAGCUGCAUGAUGGGUGGAAUGAAGGAUUCACAUAGUAAGCAUGUUAUUCUGAGUGGAAGCACUGAAGUAAUAAGUAAUGAAGGUGGGCGUUUCUGUUACCCAGAAUUCUCCAGUGGAGAUGAGAGUGAGGAUGAUAUGUUUUUUGGCAGCAUGCAGGAAGAGCAUGAGAGUUGGGAUGAAAGUGAUGAAGAGCUGCUAGCAAUGGAAAUUCGCAUGCGGGGCCAACCUCGCUUUGCUAACUUUAGAGCUAACACCCUGUCUCCUGUCCGGUUUUGUGUUGACAAAAAAUGGAACACUGUGCCUUUAAGGAACAAGUCUCUACAGAGGAUCUGUGCUGUAGACUAUGAUGAUAGCUAUGAUGAAAUUUUAAAUGGUUAUGGAGAAGAAACUGUGAUGCUUUAUGGGCAAGAAAGCAUGCAGAGUAUGGUAUCAUCUGAUUCCACAUCUCCUGAUUCUUCUUUGACUGAAGAGUCUCGCUCUGGAACAAUCAGUAGUUCAUCUCAAAAACUCUGCAAUGGAGGGUUUUCUCCCAGUACCCCUAAGGAGAUCAAGUUGAUUGAACCAGAUUAUGAGAGUCUUUGUGAUAAGCAGCAAAUGAAAGACAUGCCAAAAACUUCCAGAAACACUGCAAACAUUCUAGAGACUCACAAGGCAGUUCUUGCACUUAGAUUGGAAGAGAAGGAUGGCAAGAUUGCGGUACAAAGUGAUAAUCAAGAAAGCAAAAGUGCUACAGAUGUUACUGGUCAAGCAGUGACUAUAAACUUGGUACCAAUGGAAGAUCAAGCCAAACCUUACAGAGUGGUAAAUAUGGAACAACCAGUGUGCAAGCCUUAUACUAUAGUAGAUGUGUCAGCAGCCAUGACCAAUGAGAGUAUGGAUGGUCAGACUGAAAGCUCAGAAACCAAAAGUACACCAUCUCACCCAAAUUCACCAGGAACUCCAGGUGCUCCGAUUAUAUCUAAUACUGCAUCAUCUGUGCGAGUAAAUGCCAAUCUAAAAAAAUCCAGUGCAGUUAGAUACCAAGAAGUAUGGACCUCUAGUACUAGCCCACGACAGAAGAUACCUAAGGUGGAAUUAAUUGCUAAUAGCUCAGGACCUUCAGUCCCUCCAAGGAAAAGCAGCCACAAAUCUGCUCCUACUUCACCUACAGCCACAAAUAUUUCUUCAAAAACCAUCCCAGUGAAGUCACCCAAUUUGUCUGAGAUAAAAUUUAAUAGUUACAACAAUGCUGGCAUGCCACCUUUCCCAAUUAUCAUUCAUGAUGAACCUACAUAUGCUAGGAGUUCAAAGAAUGCUAUCAAAGUUCCUAUUGUAAUCAAUCCAAAUGCGUAUGAUAAUUUAGCCAUCUAUAAAAGUUUUCUAGGGACCAGUGGAGAGCUAUCCAUCAAAGAUAAAACUACAAGUGUAAUAAGCCACACAUAUGAAGAAAUAGAAACAGAAAGCAAAAUCUCUGAAAAUAUACCCAGCAAACCCACUGAAUUUACCCAACCCAAGGGGGUAACUAAUAGCACAGAGUGUAAACUGGGUUCUGUGGCUCAGAAAGUUCAAGAGUACAAUAGCUGUCUCAGCAAAGGUCAGACAUCACCACAAAGAAGUCAUAGUUUUGACCAUAGCUCCCCAACAAGAGUUCAGAAGACAAGUCAAGAGCCUGCAGCCAAAAUGGAAGGAGCACAGGAGACUUCUGGUGGCAACAGCAAUAGGGAAAAUGCAAACACAGUGCUUUCUCAGAUUGUGGCUUCUAUCCAGCCCCCGCAGUCUCCUCCAGAAACACCUCAAUCAGGACCCAAAUCUUGCAGUGUGGAAGAAUUAUAUUCCCUACCACCUGAUGCAGAUACCACUAAAAGCAGCCUGGUACGACCCAAAUCUCUCUUUACUGCACAACCUAUCAAUGAUACUGAAGUAUCCAGUGCCACAGAAAGCACUACCACUAAAAUGCAGAAGGAUACACUUUCAAAGCCACUUACCACCCAUUUGUCGAAGCCAGUAACAGGCACCCAUAAUACCACAAGUCCCAAAAUAGAGCAAGCACCUCCAUUUCCCCCUCCACGUUCCACUUCUUCACCCUAUCAUGCAAGUAAUCUGUUACAAAGACAUUUCAGCAACUGGAGCAAACCAACCAGUCCCAUUAGAUCAACAGAGGCAGAGUCAAUACUGCAUUCAGAAGGUAGACGAGCUGCUGAUGCAAAACCCAAGCGCUGGAUAUCAUUUAAGAGCUUCUUCCGCCGCAGAAAGACUGAUGAUGAGGAAGACAAAGAGAAGGAAAGAGAAAAAGGGAAACUAGUGGGUCUUGAUGGAACUGUUAUACAUAUGCUGCCCCCUCCUCCAGUUCAACGCCACCAUUGGUUCAGUGAGUCAAAAACAGACUCCAGUGAGAAGCCAUCCAUUGUUUUCAUGUAUAGAUGUGAACCAGCACAGGCUGAACCAAACACCGACCAGAACAAGGCUGGAGUGGAGUUUCCAAAUGAAGAUACAGUGGCAAAGGACAAAGCAGAAAUGGAAGAGAUGUUGGCAGAGGAUUCUGAACAGAAAAUUAAGAGUCAUUCUUCACCAUCUCAGAUUCCCAAGAAGAUCCUCAGUCAAGUGCCAGAUGAAACCACGGUGGAAGAAUUGUCUCCUCAGAUUCCAAGAGCUGUGUUUGUGAAGCAGGACAUUGGUGGCAAUGCCUCCGUCAUACCAGUGUCAACUCCCCAUGGCCCACAAGGGGAGGAAGAAAAGGAGGAAACUUCAGAUUCUUCUGACUUAAGCCCUUGCAGUGCUACAUACAGCAAUUUAGGUCAGUCCAGAGCAGCCAUGAUACCUCCAAAGCAGCCCCGGCAGCCAAAGGGAGCUUUGGAUGAUGCCAUUGCCUUUGGAGGAAUAGCAGACCAAGAGGCAACUAACAGCUUACAGCCAACACCACCUCCACUGCCAAAGAAAACCAUUUUGAGAGCCAACACGGAGCCGAUCCCCAAAGAACUCCAGAAGCAGACCCUGGAGAAUAAUCUCUGUGUUGUGGCCAACCCUACAUACGACAUUGACACCAACUGGGAAGCAAGCAGUGCCUGCUCUUCAGUCAGCUCAGAACUCAAGGCACUGGACAAUGAGUCAGGAGAUUCCUUGGACAGGCCUUUAGAAAAAGGAAAAGCAACCAACUCAACAGCCAACAGCAUUUCCAGCCUAACCACUGCCAGUAUUAAGGAUAGGUGUUCCAACAGCAUGGAGUCUCUGUCUGGGAGAUACAUCUCUCAGUCUAAGCAGAGCAAGAAUAUACAGAAGCCACAGAGGCAAGCACUUUAUCGAGGAAUUGAGAACCGAGAGGAGGUGGUAGGCAAAAUCAGAAGCCUUCAUACUGAUUCACUGAAGAAGUUGGUGAACAAAUGUGAAGAUCUUUUCAUGGCUGGACAGAAAGACCAACUGCGAUUUGGGGUGGACAGCUGGUCAGACUUCAGGCUAACCAGUGACAGGCCAUGCUGUGAAGCAGGUGAUGCAGUUUACUACCCAGCUUCUUAUGCAAAAGAUCCCCUCAACAAUUAUGCAGUCAAGAUUUGUAAGAGCAAAGCUAAAGAAUCCCAACAGUAUUACCACAGCUUGGCUAUCAGACAGAGUCUGGCUAUUAACUUUAACAUCCAACAGGACUGUGGCCAUUUCUUAGCUGAUGUACCUGUUCGCCUCCUUCCAUGGGAGGAUCCCAAUGCACCUGAGGUGGAGGAGGAAGAUGAACAGGAAGAAGAGGUAGAAGAUGAGGAAAAGAACAAAGAAACCCCUUCCUGUUUGGAGGCUUCACAGAAAGACAACUCAGGCAGUGAGCGGACCAGCAGCAAGCAGCGCAGCCGUGUUGUGGUCAUCACACGGGAGGUACCAUUCCUAACGGUGGCUGACUUUGUGCGAGAGUCCACAGCCCGCCAUGCAAAUAACCCAGACUUCUAUGAAAGACAGGUAUGUCUACUGCUCUUACAGCUGUGUUCAGGCCUGGAGCACCUGAAACCCUAUCACAUCACACACUGUGAUCUGCGCUUGGAGAACCUGCUGCUGGUUCACUACAGACCAAGGGGAGGCCUUCUGAACUAUGAGCCUGUGGAGCCCAAUCCCAACGCAGCUUGCCCAGCCAGGCUAAUUGUGAGCAAUUUCUCACAGGCCAAGCAAAAGAGACAUAUGGUAGAUCCAGAGGUGCUACGGGACCAAUCCCGCCUGGCCCCGGAGAUCAUCACUGCCACACAGUACAAAAAGUGUGAUGAGUUCCAAACUGGCAUCCUCAUCUAUGAAAUGCUGCACUUACCCAACCCCUUUGAUGAGAAUCCAGAGCUGAAGGAGAAGGAAUAUACCCGUGCUGACCUCCCCAGGAUCCCCUCCCGUUCCCUCUAUUCCUAUGGGCUCCAGCAACUCGCCAGCUGCCUGCUGAAUCCCAAUCCUUCAGAGAGAAUCCUUAUUUCUGAGGCCAAGGGAAUCCUUCAGUGUUUGUUAUGGGGUCCGCGUGAGGAUUUGUUCCACACUCUGAGCUCAUGUUCCAGCCCAGUACGGAAGGAUGCUGUGCUGCAGAACUGGCUGGACAUCAAACGGACGCUGCUGAUGAUCAAGUUUGCAGAGAAGUCCUUGGACAGAGAGUGUGGAGUCAGCCUUGAAGACUGGCUUUGUUCUCAAUAUCUGGCAUUUGCCACUACAGACUCACUCAGUCGCAUUGUGAAAAUCAUGCAGCAACACUAGUUUGUACAAGCUGUUGCUUUUCCUCAACCCCGUACUCCUUGCUCUAUUCUGCUCCCACCUCUUUAUUCUAGGGUUCACACUUUGCACAACUUCUGAAAAAAAUAGCCUAGAUCUCAAAGCUAGCAAUCCUGAGCAAAUUGGUUCUAAUUGGAAAUACUGUCUCCUAUUGAAGAUACGAUGGAGACUUUAUUCAAUUCCUAGGCCUUCCAUGUUUAAUCAUAUGUACAAUGGUUGCAAUUGGAUUAUAUACCUCCUAGGUUGGAUUAAUUUUUUAACAGAUUGAAAAAGGAGAGAGAAAAAUCUUAAGGAGACCACUAUUUUUAUAUUACUAUAGAGAAUGAAUUCCCCAUCUCCUCUGGAUGGAUCCUACCAUUUCUAGUGGUAGCAUCUGCAGAAAAAGCAGUGACCAUUUAUGACCAUCAACAGAUUAAUUCAUCAUAAAUGUGAAUCAAAUGAUCCACCAAAGUUAAGAGCCUCUGACCACAAAAAUAUUGCCUCCGCUCCAUCCCCCGUGAAAGGUUCUGCCUCUCAGUCUAGGAUGAAGUUCAUCCACAUAGUCUUCUCAUUCAGGUAGAUUUUUUUUUCUCCUACUCUUAAAUUCUUUAUUUUCCUCCCAACUGAGGUAGUCCUCUGAUCCCAGCAAGUAAUCAAUAGGCAGCAAUCAUCAGUGUCCAAUAUUGUUGCCUUCUGUGACUUGCUAGCUGUCCAUAUCCCUUCUGAUCACGGGUCCUGGAUUCCAAGGAUCCUGCCUUAAUCAGCCCAUGAUCAUCAACCUGUAGUAUCUCCACUGAAAAGCAAACGGAACAUGCAUGUUUCUCUUCCCACCAGUAUAUAGGACCGGAAAGUCAUGUAUUGUAGAUUAACAGUGUUAAACAAAAGCAACAUAACAUACCAAGAACAACUGAAACAUCCCUCCCACCCUAAAAGGCACUAAACCCUGGGCUUGAAAUGAACUGAAAUUACAUAACCAAUCCUCCUUCAGUUGCUGCUAUGCAUCAGGUAUCAAAAUAGCAGCCUCCUUCUUUGUGUUUUAUUUUGGUUUGCUAACCACUUGUGGCAUAUUGCAAAGCAGGACUGAAUUGGCAGUGCUGGUGUGUUGGCAGGAGAUAGCUACACAGACAAGCACUAAACAAUUCUAACAGGCCACAUGGAGAUGGUUUUACUUCAAAUGCAUUUCUCUGGGGGGGAAACAAAGGGGAAAACACUACUAUUUAAUUACUGAGAGACCUGUAAAGUUUGGCAGCUGUAACUAACAGUGAGCUGAUCUAUUUUCCCCACAGCAGUAUUUGGCUACAAAUCUUCUAUCAGUAACUAAUGUUUACUAGUAUACUAGCUGCUUCAGACAACACCCUAAAAAUGGAAUGGCUGUCGACAUAACUCAGAGAUCAUUGCAGAUAUAGAUUUAGAGUAAGGGGGCACGAGUGGAUAUUAAGGAGAAGGUUAAAAAAAAAACCUGAAGGAACUUUUCACCUUUAGAGGCAGCUGCUGGUUUCCUUUCCUGAGAUAGCGACCUUUCCUAUGGAACGCCUACAAUCAUACAGAUGCUCUCUUUGCUCAGUAUUGCUAGGUUCUCAAUUGUCUCAAAUAUCUCUGAAGAACACAAUGGGGGCAAACGAAAGGUGUUAUUUAAUAUUGUGAGAUGGGUGAUGGAAAGCAUAUAGCUCAAGUUUUGAGCCUGUGCUUCUCUCCUAUGGAUAUAUGUGCAAUUCUUGUAUGUAUUUUUUAAAAUCUGUAUAUUACAGUGUUUACGUUACUUACCAGACUUUACCUGAUGCUAGAUCUGCAAACCCUUCCUUUACUUUCCUGGCACAUAAAUGCGCAGAGUUAUAUGUGUUGUUUAUAUGGAUUGAUAUUUCAUUUUUCAUUGUUCGUUAAAUCUGUGAGAAAUCAGUUUACUUCAGUCUUGAAAACAAAUAGCCACUUUUUAUAGCAUAUGCAUGCUUGGACCAGAUGCAUGGAAACUGAACAAACAGUCCUGCAGGCAUGAGGUCAGUGAAACUAGCUCCAUGUACACACCGCAUAUUUGAAGGGGGUGAAAUUUGGCAUCUGUCCGAGCCAAACUUUGUGGUAUGUGGAAGCCUACAUUGAUUGUGCAGUAAUAUAUAGAAUAUUUUUGUGGGACUUUUUAAACGUUUUUAAACUUUCUGAUGAAAUAUCCUUUUGUCUGAUUCAUCUGUAUCAGAGAGGGAUCAGGCAAGGAUAAGGAUCAUGUAUUUUAAUGUGAUAUAAAUCACUUAAAAAUAUCGCAAAGAGUUAAUGCAAAAAGAGUGCAGCGCACUUAAGCACAAAUGCAGUGCAUUGAGUUGAUGACUUCCACCACUUUGGGAAAGAGGCUUUCUACAUAAUGCUGAACAAACUUGUGGUAGAAGCCUUUACAAAGAAUUGCACAAUCAUUAAAUGCAGCCCUGUUUCAUGUGGGCACAGAAUCGUGUAAUGCCUUAUGGCUUAUAUACACUGAGCAUGAGUUGACAGCUCACUUAAAUGCUACCUGCAAACUACCAGACAGUCACCAACCCUUUAAGCUAAGCACAGGACACUGCUUCUUCUUGUUCCCCUGGUCUGGUUUAGUGUUGGUUUUUGUUUUGUUUUUAAGUGGCACCUAUCUGCACAUAACUUCUCACCUAACAAAUAUAUGCUGUAUGAGCAGCACAUGGACCACUGGCCAUUGCAGUAGGCACAUUCCUUUAGGCUGCCUGGUUUGGUUGGGUUUUCUUUCUUUUUUUUGUGUAUGUGGACACAUGUUCUCAGUGUCACUUUCAUGUCAACACGCACAUGCAAAGUUGAAUAUUGAAUGUUUUACAACCUUAUGUAUUUAACACAGCUGGUCCGAAGCCUUUAUAUGUCUUUGUUCUUUAGAUAUCUAAUUUCAGUUCAUAUUGUUUGUGAUUAAAUUUAAACCAGUA